UAGCAUUCAGCCUCCUCAGCUUCUCGUUUCCAUUUUAUUUCUCCAACACGGACGACAAAACCAACAAAAAACAAGCCGUUCAUUGCUCUUCAUAGGCUUUUUUGAAGGCCUAUUUCUCUUUUUUAUUUUUAUUUUACCAGCCGAAGCUUUGGAUCUUGAAUACACACACAUUGGCUCCCUUAAAAGAGGUUUAGUUGGAUCUGUUACGUCCCUCAUAUCUGCUCUUGCGCACCUCAGUAUACGCAUCGCGUUACAUAAUCACCACAACAAAAUAAUACCAAACAUGUCCAUUUACAGCGCGCGCACAUCUAGCCUCCGCGGCGCCCUUCUUAUCAGGGCCGCUAACCGUAGCAAGUCAACCAGCCUCGCUAGCUCCGCUAGCAAUUGUCUCGCAAUGCGCAAUCUUAGCACAUCGCGCACCCAUAUGCAUGAGGCGCAGGAGGAUUCAGCCGCCACGCUGGCUAAAAACAAAGUGCCCGCCAUCAAGCGCUUUUGGAAAAAGGUGAGCGUCGACGAGCGCGAUGGCGGCCUCGCCGUAGUGCUAGACAGCAGGGCGAUCAAGACGCCCGACGGCAAGAAGGUGAACAUCGCAAAGUCGCAGGCCAUGCUGGCAUGGCUGGUGGCCAGUGAGUGGGAGGCGCAGCGCGAAUUUCUCGGCGCACACUCGCUGCCGCUGACGUCGCUGGUGUGCCGUGCAAUUGAUGGCCUGGGUGACGAGCAAAUGCGCAGCGACGUCGUCGAAAAACUGCUCAAGUACUUCCAGACAGACUCAGCCUGCUUGCACGAGGGGUUUCCCGAGGGCCUGGUCGAGCUGCAGCAAAAGCACUACAUGCCGAUUAUCGAGUGGGCGCGUGAGACGUACGCGAUUGAAAUCGGCGUUACAGGUAACUUGUUUUCCCUGCGCCAGAGCGCCGCGGCCACAGAGGCGCUGCGUCGCGCGGUGAAGCAGUUCAGCCCGCUGAAGCUGGCCGCGCUUGAAAAGGCUGUGAUGAGCGCAAAGUCUUUCCUCAUUGCCCUUGCGCUUGUUGAGCACCACAUCACGGCCGAGGAGGCCGCCAGGCCGCGCAGGUCGAGGCCGCCGCGCAGAUGGAGCUGUGGGGCGAGUUGGAGAACGCGCACGACAUCGAUAACGCUGCCAUUCGCCAGAUCCUGGGCGCCUCGGCCUGCGCAGCCUUUGGCGCAUAGAAAACAUACCAGUAGAUAUUUUAAAAAUAGUGAAUUUAUUUGCAACAGACAAACUCGAGCUACUCCUUGACCGGCGUGCGGCCCUUCGCGGCCUCCAUGUUAAUCUGCGUGCCGACGGGCGCGCCCCACUUGGCCGAGCGCUUGUAGUACACAGCGUUAUCCAUCGACCCGGCAAGAAUCCGCUUCUCCUCCCACUGCAUGAUGUUGAACUCGGCGGCCUUGGCCACGUCCUUCUGGUACUCGCUGAAGAUGCGCCUGUUCUC